AUGCAUUCGUCUUCCGAAAUCGAAAUCUUACCAUCUCAAGUUUUGAGUUGUAGUCCUGAUCUACCCACAAACAAAUUAUUAGAAAACUUAACAAAAAAUCAACGUUUACUACAAUCCCUUCCACAAAGUUAUGAAAAACGUGAAUUAUUUGCUGAUCUGUAUAAAACAUUAGUGAAUGAUUAUUUUUAUUCACAUGAACGAGCGGAUGUUCAAUUGUAUGCCGCAAUUUGUUUGGCUGAUAUCAUUCGAAUAUGGGCUCCAAAUUUACCCGAUACACCACCAGAACAAAUGCUGAAUUUGAGUAUGGUUCAAUCAUUUAUACCAGCGGUGAAUUUAGAAGAUAAUCGUGGAUGUCAAAUCAGUAGUGUCGUUUUUACAAAUUUAUUUAAUGCUGUCCAGAAAAAUCAUACGACUCAACUGAAAAAUUUGAUGGUCGAUCUUCUAUCUGUUAUACUGGCUGAAUACGAAUCAAUACCAUUUCCAUUAUUAGAAUUAUUGUUUGCACGAAUAAUUGAUCCUGAAAAGAAAUUACGAGAAGAAUGCUACGAAUUGGUUGAAUCAAUUAUACGCCGGACUGCAGUUUAUCUUAAACCGGCUAUUAUUGAUUAUUUCAAAACUGUUCUCGUAACAGAAGACAUUGAAAAUUUAAGUUUGUCAAAUAAAAUUUAUUAUAUAUUUGAUGAACUUUGUCAUAUAUCGGAAUCGAUUGUGGACGAUUUAAUACCGUUUAUUGAACAUCGUUUAACAGUAACCAAUGAGAAACAUCGACGCGAUGCAGCUAAAAUUGUCGCAUACGUCACAAGUUCACCAAAUAAUGAUUUUGCCUUAAGACAUAAGAGUCUUUGGGCAACAUUUUUGCAAAGAUUUCGAGAUAUUCCAGAGAUCCAAUUGACAUGCAUUAAGCCAUUAAAAAGUUUUUUUGUUAAUCAUCAAGAAUUACGUGCAGAUUUAGAGCGUACUCAUUCUGUCGAUCAAGAAAUUCGGUCUCAAAUAGUUGCUCAAAUACGAGCAAUAACAAAUGGGAAUAUGAGUAAUAUUAAUACAACAAUGAAAUCAAUUUUAAUUGAAAGAGCAAGGGAUAAAGUGUGGGAAAUUCGUAAAGAAACAUUAGAUUUCCUCGGUCAUUGUUAUAAAAAAGAAUGUUCAAAUAGUAGUUGGUCAGAUGAAAUUCAAAAACAAUUAUCAUGGGUGGCUAACUGUAUCAUUAAUUUGUAUUAUCAGGCAUCGUUGCAAGACAAAUUAUUAGCUGAACGAAUACUCAGUUUUUAUCUGAUGCCUUGGGAUUUUUCAGCAGAUGAGAAAGUUCGUGUUCUGCUAAAUUUAUAUUCGAAUGUUGAUGAAAAUGCUCAACGUUUUCGUCGACACUUACUCAGACUUGUCGAACUUAGUUUACAAAUGGCUGAUCCAUCAAUGGCAAAUGAUCAAAAAGAGUUGACAGAAUUAAAACUUGUUAAUUUGAUUCGUAGUAUUUCUACACGUUGUUUACCAAAUCCUGAGAAGAAUGAAGUUUUAUUAAAAGCAUUCGUUCUUCAUGCAAUCAAAACACAUCGAGAACGUUCAUCAACAGCAUCAAGUAUUUUGAUACCAUUGAAAAAAGCAUUAGCUGAAAAUAUUAACUCAAAAGAAGCAUAUGCUUAUGCUAAUAUUAUUGGUCAACAAUUACUCGAUGAAUCAAUCAAAGAACAAAAACGAUUUCCGACGGCUGGUGUUGAACGAAAAGAUGAAAUAAUAACGAUCACUGAUCUAAAUGGAAAUGGUCAAUUUGCUAAAAUGUGUACACUAGUCAAAACUGUAUUUGAAAAGAUAUCAACACUUCUAUUUGAUCAAGAAUCAAUGGCUAAAUUACUGGAAUUUAUUUAUGAAAAAAUAUCUAAUGAACAAGAACAAACUGCUGUUUAUUAUGAAAAUAUCAAUCAACUAUUAAAAGUAUUUCUUCAACAUCCAUUUAUUUUUGAUCGUAUUGAUACACAGAUAGUGUUGAAUAAUUUAUUAAAAUUACAAAUACUCGAAUUAGGUAAUAUGCGAAAAGCUAAAAAGUCCUCAUUUGUUGCUCCUACGCUAUUGAAAAUAAUCGAAGUGUGUGCACCAUCGAUAAUUGCAAAAAAUCCAACGUUGUACAAAACACUACAAUCGCAAUUGCUAGAAUUACUCAAUUUACAUCCGCCAAUUGUCAAACGCGUUAUUCAUUGUCUAAAUGCAUUAUAUCCAGAUACAAAAGAUAAAAUAUUUCAAAAAAUAAUCGAUGAUACACAAUACGAUGAAAUCGAUGGUGAACAACUGUUUGUAUCGAGAUUAGUUGCACUUGGUCACAUGAUUCGUUUAGCUCCGUUAGCAGUUGGUGAAAUUGGAAAACGUAUUUUGGGAAAUAUUUCAAAAUAUGUAUUGGAAGAGAAUGCACACACAAAAUACAAUUUUACGUUGUUACCCGAUGAACAAAAUACUGAUCCGGAAAUUGGCGCUGAAGCUCGUGUGAAACGCGAGUUAGUCAAAGCGAUGACGCGUGCUGUUUGUGGUUUACAAGAUAAUUCAGCUGGUUUAUUUAAUAUUGUCUACAAAUUAAUUCGAAAAUGUAUUCAAGGAAAUGAUGAUGAGUUUGUUGGACAAUUGAAUGAAGCAGAAGUUGUUCAUAUCCGAUUAUGUGGUCUAUCAUGUUUAUUACAACUGAUAUGUGAUCCAUAUUUUUAUGCUAAAAUGAAACCUGAUGACUUUUUGUUAAUAUUAACAUUAUUAAGAGACUCAUUGGCUCAAAUUCGUUCACGAGCAUAUCGCAAGCUAAUUGAUCAUUUACGUGAACCAACAAAUCCCAUUGAAUUGUUAGCACUCGUUGCAUUUGCCGCUAAGGAACCGGAACGAGAACAUCGUGAUCAAAUACGUCGGUCAAUGUUAACUAUCAUCGAUCAACGUCGUGAAUAUAUUAAAUUACAAUUAUCAUGUAAAACGGUUACAAUCAAUGGUACGGGAAAUGAAGAAGAUGAUGCUAAUUCGAAUAAUAAUCAGACAAUAUCAGAUAGACCAAUAAUUGAUUGUAAAUUAAAUCCGGAAUAUUCAUUGGUGUAUUUUAUAUAUUUUCUGUCAAAAUCACCGGCAUUCAUUUUACCUGAUGAUAAUGAUUUAUUACAUACAAUGACUGAUUAUAUUCUAUUUUUAAUUGAUUCAUUAUUAUUACGUUGUGAUACAACUGUUGGUCUAUUUUAUAAAGGUUUAUUACGUUCAAUUAAAUCAUCGGAAGAUGCCACAAUAUCAACAGAUAAAGAUGAUGCAUUAGAACGAAAAGAUUCAACAAAAAAAUUACAUGUUUUAGCUGAUUUAGCUUAUGUUAUAUUAUCACAACGUGCAUCAUCUAUUAUGAUGUGUACGGCUAGUUCAACUGUACCAUUACCUGAAUAUUAUUAUAAAAAAACAAAAUAUAAUCAUUAUUCAUGUUUACCAAAAGAUUUUAAAUUAAAACUGCAUAAACCGGCUACGACAACAACAACAACAACGGCUGCAAGUCGAACGAGCGAAACAACAAAGAAAUUAGUGCCACUCGAUGAAACAGGCACUACACCAUUAAGAGGAGGAAAGAGAAAAAAGAAAACUAUGAACGCUAGUGAAGAAACGGAAGAAGAACAAUCACCAAAACGAAAGCGUACAACGAGUAGUGCUGGUGGUUCUCGUUCUGCUGAUGAGUUACCUGUAUCGACAAAAUCAAAACGUCAAAGAAAAGUCUCAAAGUCUAAAAAACAACAAAACCAUGAGGAUGAAAUAACAGAUAGCGAUAGUGAUGACGAAAAUACUCUCUACUCGCUAAAUAAUGGUACUAACGAUAAUGAUGAUGAUGAUGAUAAUGAAGAUGAUGAUGACGAUAUGACAUUUAAUGAGGAACCAGAAACCGAAGAAAAAGAAAAUAAAAGAAAAAAAACAAAAAUUUCCAGUCCAUCAACAUCGACAACAACAAAACGAAAACGAAAAACUACUGUUGUACCAUCUCCGCCUCAGUUAUCCACACCGCAAACAAAGCAUGCUCCGCGAAAAAUGAAUACGUUGCAAGCAAUGAGAGCCAAAACAGUAGAAAUGGAGAAUGGUGAUACAGUUACACUACCAUCACAAAGAAAUGGUGCAAUAAAACAAAAUGGUUCUGCACAUUCUGUGAAAAAAAAUGUGACAAAGAACAGUAAAAAUCAUAAUAAUGAGGAGGAGAAUGAAGCAACCAUGGAUGUAACACGUACUGAUAGUGAUAAUAAUCAUACCAAUGAAAGUGAAACGACAAUCACAUCCUUGGACAACGAAUCACAAGAACAAAAACGAAAACGCGGAAAACAAUUACCCCUUACGUCAACAAGAAUCGAUGUGUAA